CCCGGCGCCCCGGCCCGGCUGACCUUCGUCCCUGUGGAUUGGCCUGACGUGCGCGGCCCCGAGUUCUCGGUCCGGGUUGGGGGCCCCGGGCGAGGUCGUGGCCUGAGCGCGCUGUCCGCCCCGCGUCCCUCCUAACGUGAGGGCCCCCGUUUGGGCGCAAUGGGUCCUCACCUGCACCGGUGCCGUAGGCACUGCGCCAGGGGACCGAGAGGCGCUCUCAUUCCCGCGGUCACGCAGCUGCUCAGGUGGAGCACAGUGAGGGGCGCGGUCCAUCUGUCACCUCCCUCGGGGCGCUGUGGGUCUCGAUGACUGGAGCAAUGGUACCCCAUCUGGUGUCCAGGUGGCCUGCGUGGCUCUUCUGGUGGCGGGUGGCCUGCACUCCUGGAGCCUCCUUGCAGCAUAGGACGUGGGUGGAGGUGUCCAGGCGCCCCAUGUGGGGCAGCCCUUGGAGGGUCGUGGGCACCGGCUCCCUGGUUCGCAGAGGCAGCUCCUCUACGUCCUCCCGUGCCCCCGAAGUGGUGCUGACCCACGAGCGCUACCCUGUGCAGCGGCUGCCCUUCUCCGUGGUGUCCGAGGAAGACCGGGCUGCCUUUGAGCGCAUGGUCCCUGGCAGGGUCAUCAUGGACCCCGAGGAGCUGGAGGCUUCCAACGUGGACUGGCUGAGAUCCAUGCGAGGCUGUAGCAAGGUGCUGCUGAGGCCCCGGACGUCCGAGGAGGUGUCUCACAUCCUCAGGUACUGCCACGAGAGGAACCUGGCUGUGAACACGCAGGGGGGCAACACGGGCAUGGUGGGCGGCAGCGUCCCUGUCUUUGAUGAGAUCAUCUUGUCCACCGCCCUCAUGAACCAGGUCAUCAGCUUCCACGACAUGUCCGGGACCCUGGUCUGCCAGGCGGGGUGUGUCCUGGAGGAGCUGAGCCGGCACGUGGAGGAGCGGGGCUUCGUCAUGCCCCUGGACUUAGGGGCAAAGGGCACCUGCCACAUUGGGGGGAACCUGGCGACGAACGCGGGCGGCCUGCGGUUUCUGAGAUACGGCUCGCUGCGUGGGACAGUGCUGGGCCUGGAAGCGGUGCUGGCCGACGGCACCGUCCUGAACUGCCUCAUGUCCCUGCGGAAGGACAACACGGGUUACGACCUGAAGCAGCUGUUCAUCGGAUCAGAGGGCACCCUGGGGGUCAUCACCGCCGUGUCCAUCCUGUGUCCGCCCAAGCCCAGGGCCGUGAACGUAGCCUUCCUCGGCUGUCCGGGCUUUGCUGAGGUCCUGCAGACUUUCCACACCUGCAGGGGCAUGCUGGGCGAGAUCCUGUCCGCGUUCGAGUUCAUGGACGCCACCUGCAUGCAACUGGUGGGGCGCCACCUCCAUCUCGCCAGCCCGGUGCAAGAAAGUCCCUUCUACGUCCUGGUCGAGACCUCGGGUUCCAGAGCUGAGCACGAUGCCGAGAAACUGAGCGGCUUCCUGGAGCAGCUGCUGGGCUCCGGCCUGGUGACCGACGGGACCCUGGCCACCGACCAGCGGAAAAUCAAGGCGCUGUGGGCCCUGAGGGAGAGGAUCACGGAAGCGCUGAGCCGAGACGGCUACGUGUACAAGUAUGACAUCUCUCUGCCUGUGGAGAGGCUCUACGACCUCGUGCCCGACCUGCGCGCCCGCCUCGGCCCGCGGGCCAAGCACGUGGUGGGCUACGGCCACCUAGGUGAUGGCAACCUGCACCUGAACGUGACGGCAGAGGCCUUCAGCGCGGCGCUGCUGGGCGAGCUGGAGCCCUACGUGUACGAGUGGACGGCAGGGCAGCGAGGUAGCGUCAGCGCCGAGCACGGCGUGGGCUUCAAGAAGAGGGACGUCCUCGGCUACAGCAAGCCCCCUGAGGCCCUGCACCUCAUGCGGCAGCUCAAGACCCUUCUGGACCCCAAGGGCAUCCUGAACCCCUACAAGACGCUGCCCGCCCAGGCUUGAGGGGGCCGGGGUCAGCGGACGAGGCAGGUGUGGCCUCUGGGCCCGGGUUGGGCGUUGGGUUGGGCUCAGGGCUUCUGAGCGGUGGGGCCCCCCCACGCAGUCCCCUGUGGGCCGGGCUCCCCGUGGUGAGCAGAGAAGAGAGCGCUCACUGCCCAGCAUUGCUCCGUCCACUCCAUCUGGCCUCUUGGUGGGCACGCCUCAGGGUCCCUCCGCAGGUGGGGAGCCGAGCCUCCUCUGGCACGUCCUGGACAGGCCGGGGGGCGAGCAUUUCUGCCCACUCAGAAGUAGACCAGAUCGCACCUGCCCUGCCUGUGGCCCCCUGGGUGGGCACGGUGGUCCUGCUGCUGGCCCUGGGCAGAGGACCGCAGCUGCCAACUCCAGGUGGACGGCCCAGCGCACUGGUCCCUUCCUGGGCGCUGACCGGCAGAGCCUGCCUCGGGCUUGUUCUGGGUGACUCGGAGUGACAGGAGCGUGCCGCGCCCCGUUUUCCUGGAGGCCCACGUUGGCAGGACAGCCGUCGGAGCGUGGCGCUUGUUGCGUCCACGGGCCUGGCUUUCUGGUUCUGCUGCAGCAGCAUCAGCAGGACCGCAGUGAAACCCUGCCAGGCUCCCUGCCUGCGGCCCUCCGGUGUCCCCGCACCUCCGACGACCCUGACUCCGGCCAUGCCUGUUGGCCUCUGGCCCUGGGGACAGUCGGGAGGUGGGACACGUGUUCUCUCUGGCUGUCAUGAACUUCCAGUAAAAAUGUAAAUUAGGAUCCUCUCCUCGCUUCUGUUGCUAGAAAAAUAAUUUCGUAAAAGCCCACGGUGACAUUUGUGUGUCCUGUUCCCUAGGGGCCCAAACGUCAGGGCUGAGAGAGUGACCUGGACCCGGCUGCCUGCGGGUGGUCGUCCCCCUCCCUAGACCCCGGCCCUUUCUCCACCGUGGGACUUGGAGCCCUUUCCCAUCAGGCCCAGGAGGCCUUGUCCCACCUGAGUUUUCCAAGUUGUCAGAGGUGGAUCAGUUCACGUCUGUGAUGACUUUCAGUAAUAGCUUUAUGACUAAGCAAGUUUAUUUUGAAGAAUUAAAGUGACACGUGAAAUUUUAAAA